AUGUACUACUUCAAGGAGGCUGGCUAUAUUUCUCAAGUUGAAUGUCAUUACAACAGAAGUAUGGACUUUCGCAUUGAGAGCGAAUACCCUCACCGCACUUUUGCCGUCACUGGCUUCCUACCUGACACUGUCGGAAGCGCAGAAUGGUCCGAGUACAUUGGCCAGAGCCCGAGUUCCAUUUUGGCAGUUGGUGUCGCCCGCAGCACCGAAUCUCCUCGUCGAUACAUUUCCAUCGCUGCAGGGAACCAUUAUCGAGCUCUUAACGCCACGCAGUGUACUGUAGAUUUUCUGCCCACGUUGUUCCAAGUUUCAGUCAGAGUGAAAGACAGGAGUAUCGUUGUGACGCCGUUAAUGGGCAUCAAAGACUUCGACACACAACGCACCCUAACACGAACAGCCGUUAGGCAGUUUGACCUUAUCGCGAACAGUUUCAUGAGCUUUCACGACUCGGUCCUUGGAAACGCUUUUCAUUCUAGCAUAGCAGCAUGGAACAGUUCCUUCAACGAAAUGGGCCACGUUCCAGAAAGUAGUGCUGUGCUUCUAGGUCUGCAGAAUUCUCUCACUGCCAUGACUGACUCCAUACUGGCCGGUUACGGCGCAGCACAAUUGAUGGUCGGUAACCUCUCGGAACCGGCCGAGGCAGAGGUCAUACUCGACGUAUUCACGAUUGGUAGCACUGCAUGUAUUACUGCUGUCGCACUCCUCAACGCAUUGGCUGUCGCGAUGUUUGGCUUCGAGAUACUGCGAAAAAGACAGUAA